AUGCAGUAUCUCCCUUCAGUGCAGCAUGACCACCAGCAGGCAACAUUCUUGGACCAAGUUUGGCUUGUUCUAGAUAGAGGCAAUGCGACAGAUUUAACUAUGUUUUUUCUGAUUGGUUGGAGCUUAUGGAAUAGAAGAAAUAAGAUGAUGAUGGAAAAAAUUGUGAUUGACCCUUUGGCUGCAGUGAACCAUGCUUUAUCUUUACAAAAGACAUUUAUACAGUUGAAAACUUCUAAUGCUAUGGGAAGAGGAAAACUUUGCAAAUGGAAGCCACCUCCACCAGGUUUCUUAAAGCUAAAUGUUGAUGGUGCAAUGUUUGCAGAUGUGGGAAAAUCUGGAAUAGGGGUGGUCUUACGGGAUGAGGCUGGGCAGGUGGUUAUGGCAGCAACCAAAAAGGAGGAUUUUGUUGAUGAACCUGCUACAAUCGAGCUGCUAGCUGUGUUAAGAGGACUACAAUUUUUUCUUUCACUUGGGAUUCCUAACUUGGUGGUUGAAUCUGAUUGUCUAGUUGUGGUACAGGAAUUGCAAGAUAGCCAAGAGUCUUUAUCAUCAAAUGGGAAUCUGAUUCAGGAUGUUAAAAGGCUCAUGCAGCUUUUCAGAAAUUCAAGUGUUCAACAUGUUUAUAGGGAUGGAAAUGGGGUGGCCCAUACUUUAGCACGGUAUGCAUGGAAUGUAGAUGAUGUGCAAAUGUGGUGGGACGCGGUUCCAGCAUUUGUAACUCAUGCACUUUGGUUUGAUCAGAUUGACAUGUAA